UUGUCUUUACACUCUCAUUGUCUGCAGAUUUGUUGCAUCUCGAGAAGUUCUUUCUCUGACGAUUUCACUUGUAGCAAACAGCUCUACCAAUACUCCUAACAAACAACCAUGCCUUCCUACACUCUCCACUACUUCAACCACCGUGGCCGUGCUGAGAUCUGCCGUAUGCUCUUUGCAGCUGCUGGUGUCCAGUACAAUGAUCGCAGAAUCGAUUGUUCUGAAUGGACUGGUAUGAGAAACCAAAUGCCAUGUUCCAUGCUGCCAAUGUUGGAGAUUGACAACAGACAUCAAAUUCCCCAGAGUAUGGCUAUUGCUAGAUACCUAGCCAGAGAAUUUGGUUUCCAUGGUAGAAACAAUCUUGAUAUGGCCAGAGUUGACUUCAUCACAGACUGUUUCUAUGACAUUUUGGAUGACUACAUGAGGAUGUAUCACGAUAAAGAUGGAAGAAUGAUGUUCCAAAGAUCUUAUGACAAUGGCAGCUCCUCUGAGAGGCGUACGAGAUUCCAAGAAACCUGCCGCAGAAUCCUUCCUUUCAUGGAAAGAACACUAGAGAUGCGUAACGGUGGCAACCAAUUCUUCAUGGGUGACCAGAUGACCAUGGCCGAUCUGAUGUGCUACUGCGCCCUUGAAAAUCCACUGACUGACGAUACAUCAAUGUUGAGCAGCUACCCCAAAUUGCAGUCCCUGAGAAAUCGUGUGAUGAGCCACAUGAAAAUGUCACCUUAUUUGAAAAACCGCUCUAGCACCGAAUUUUAAAUCAAUCUCUAAAAUGAUGAAGUAUUAUCGUUAAAAUACAUCAACGGACAAAAAUACCAACAACAAUGAUGUCGACAGCAGACAGCCAUGAAUAAAGCAACAAGUGAAAAAAAAAAAAAAGAAAAAAAUUAUUUCCUCUUCAAAUAAACGAAUGUUCCUUUCUACAUGAAAUUCCUUUAUGUCUGUAACGCUCUGCCAUUGAUUCAAGAAGCUGUAAAUGGCUGGCCGAGACGGUCAUAAUAAUAAUACUGAUGAGGAAGAUAACAUAACGGCUAAAAUCACAUAUUCCGAAAUCCAAAAUAAAAUAAGAAGAUGAAAA